GUCCACGUCGCGGCGGGGCCGGCAGCCUGGCCGCUUGGGUCUGCGGUCUUCAGAGGUUCGGCAGGCGGGGUCCGCGUCCUUCCUUCUCUCCCGACCUCGGCCCGCGCCGUGCCGGGCCUGGCCUCGCGCGGCCGGUCUCGCCCGCCCGUGCGUGCCGUCGAGGGAGCGGCACCGUCGUGGCGCCGCGCGGCCGCAGAUCGCCUCGGAUGGUGGCCUGCAGCUUUCGGUCCCAUCGGCUCUCCUGGGCUCUCCUGUGGCGGUCGCAGUCAGCUGCCCGCUCAGCACUUGCCUGGAGUGCCCCUCUUCAGCCGCCUCUGCCUGUGCGUCCGUUGCUCCGGCCUGCUCUCCGGGCCCCUCUCCUCGUGCCCUCCCUGGCUGGCACGGCAGUUCCCGUCCACUCCCAGCAGGCCUCGUCACCGAUGGCAGGGCCCUCGCUGUCCUGUCCGGGUGGCGGCCAGCUGCGCCACACACACCCCUGGCAGCAGAUGCACGGGGCCUCUCCUGGGGUCGUGGACGCCCCCCCAGUGGAUCCCUGGAUUAAGCGCUCCUACUAUGGGGACCCCAUGUGUGUACACGACUGUGGAGCAGACGAGCUCGGUGAGCUCGGUGCUGUGUGGCAGACAGGGCCGCCCCUGCGUGCCGGGCUUGGUCCCGGGCGCCUUCGACAGCGCCUUGGCUGUUGGACCGAUUCCUGGCGCAGCUGGACAGUUACCUGACCUCCCGCUUCGAGCACCACCGGGACAACCUCAGGAGCCUAACAGGCUGAGCCUGAGUGUGGGCAGCCCCCUGCCUCCAUGGGGACUGGGUACAACCAUGGGCUUUAUCCCCAGGAUCUUGAGGAGGUUAUUCAAGCCCCAGACGGCCCUGCCAAGUGCCAUGCAGCAGUGCCCUGGGCUCUGCCUCCAGCCUUGAGCCGGCCACCGGUGGCCCCACGGCUGCCCGUGGUGAGAGUGCUCACCUAGGUUCUCAGAGGUCCGGCACGCAACAUGGGCACUCCACCCAGGCCUGGCUCCACUGCUCUGGGCUUUCUGCUGUUCCUAGUUCAGCUCCACGUCCAGAAAUGCUCUGAGCAGCCGCUGGCGAUGGAGGGCACCCCAGGCCCAUGGGGCCCCCAGCCUUGUCCAGCUCUGCACACAGUCCUGGUCCUACAGGGCCAGCCGCCCCCCAGCCAGGGCAGGUGCCCCCAAAGCUGCCCCUCCACAUACAGGACUGGCCGAGCCCCUGCCCAGAGAAUAGGUCCCCCUCGCCCAGGGUGUCCAGGAGUCACCCUUAGGUUCCCCCCCGGGGGCAGUGGACAUCGCCGAGGCCCCAGAAGAGACACCGUUCCAACCCUGCCCCCGUCUGUGGCCCCGUCGGAGCACGGGCUGUGCAGGCGAGCGCAUGGCAGCCCCUGCGCCCCCACCGCCGGACCCCCAGUUCGUUCUGCGUGGCGCCCACUCAGCCGUGCACGCGCUGCACUUCUGCGAUGGAGCCGAGGGAUGCCCGCUGCUCCUCUCAGGGUCGCUGCGUGGGCUGGUGCACAUCUGGAGCCUACAGACGCGGAGGCCGCUCACCGCCCUGGACGGCCACGGGGGCCAGUGUGUGACCUGGCUGCACACGCUUCCCCGGGGGCCCCAGCUGCUCAGGUCCAAGUUCUGGAGCUGCCGUCCAAGACGUCGGUGAGCUGCCUGAAGCCCGAGGCAGGGGCCAGACUGGGCAUGCCCAUGUGCCUGCAGCUCUGGCAGGCCGAGUCCAGCUCCCGCCCAUUGCUUCUGGCCGGCUACGAGGAUGGCUCGCUGGUCCUGUGGGACGUCUCCACGCGGAAGGUGUGCAGCCGCGUCGCCUGCCACUCGGAGCCCGUCAUGGGCCUGGCCUUGGACCCGCGGAGGGCCAGGGGCGUGUCGGGCUCCGCAGAGAAGGCGCUGGCCGUCUGGAGCCUGGAGGGGCAGCAGGCACUGCAGGGGAAACAGCGACAGAAACUUAAGACUCAGAGCGUAUGGGGCAUGUCCAGCACAGAACUGGAGGUGCCGCUCACCGAUGUACUGGGAACUCCGGGCAGAAGGAGGCAGAGAGGCGGGAGGAGGCUGGCUGGGCCCCACUCCGCACCAUCCCAGAGGUGCGCCACCGCCCGGCCACCUGCUGCCGCCUCUCCAGAGCCGCUGGUCCUGGAGGCUUCCAGGGGAGGGGCCGGGCCUCAGGGGCCAGGCGCGCUGGUGUCCACAGGUGCGCGGGACCCACGAGCUCACCAACCCCGGGAUCGCCGACGUCAAGAUCCGGCCAGACAGCAAGAUCCUGGCCACUGCGGGCUGGGACCACCGUGUCCGCGUGUUUCAGUGGCGGACGAUGCGGCCACUGGCCGUGCUGGCCUUCCACAGCGCCACCGUCCACUGCGUGGCCUUCGACACUGCGGGCCUGCUGGCCGCGGGCUCCGGGGACCAGCGCAUCAGCAUCUGGUCGCUCUACCCGCCCACGUGACUCAGCACAGAGGGGAUGCAGGCACAGAGGCGUGGUCCUGGGCCCCCCGGGUCACUCAGGCCCCCUCCUUCCCGGGGCCAACUCCCCAUCAUGACGCAGAGCGUGUAGGCCCUGGUGGCUGCUGUUUGCGGCAUAACCAGGCUGGAUGCUGGGCGCCUGCCAGGCAAGAGGCCGUUCUGCGUGCCUGACAAUAAACGUUUGCAGACCUG